GUCACCCUCAUCUAGAAAGAUCAAGAUGACCGAUCAGACAAUACUCACGUCUGAGGUAGUCAAAACGAGAGAUCAGUACGGUAGAUUACUAGUUAAUCAAUAUCUACUACUCUCAGAGCUCGGUAAAGGCCAACACGGCCGUGUAAGGGAAGCUAUUGAUACAGAGACUAAUGAAAGAUUUGCUGUUAAAAUUGUCGAUAGAUCUCCAAAGAAACGUUUACUCGGCUCGAAAUCUCGUCCAUCUACUGCAGACUCAAGUUUCAACAAUCUGAAUAAAAAACCAACAGACGAGAAGAUCUGUAAAGAGAUCGCGAUAUUGAAAAAGAUAAGGCACGAUAACGUCGUCAGGCUAAAGGAGAUUAUCGAUGAUGGUGCAUCAAAGACAAUCUACAUGAUAUUGGAAUUGAUGGACGGUGGCGAAGUACAAUGGAAGCAGGAGUCUUUCAAUGAUCUCGGAGAUAGAAUUUAUUACCCAACAAUGACGAUCAAUAUCGCCAGAUCCACUCUCACUGAUGUUAUCCUUGGCCUUGAAUACCUGCACUAUCAGGGUAUUAUCCACAGGGAUAUAAAACCAGCGAAUUUAUUAUGGACUGCUGAUCAUAGAGUUAAAAUCAGUGAUUUUGGUGUUAGUCAUUUCAGUUACGCUUUGCGGGCACAAAGUCCUGAACAGUCACCUUUAUUUACUAUGUCAACUAUUGAGAAUAAAUCUGAAACUCAAUUGGAUAGCCCUCAAUCUAGCUUAGAGUCCGAGCCUGUUUUUUCUGAUCAAGAUCUCGCUAAAACUGCCGGAAGUCCCGCUUUUUUCGCACCAGAGUUAUGUUUCCAGCGUUCGUCAAGAAAUACACCACGACCACCAAUUACAAAUGCGAUAGACGUCUGGGCUUUAGGCGUUACUUUAUAUUGUUUACUCUUUGGCAACGUUCCUUUCACUGCUGAAAAUGAGUAUGCAUUGUUUAACGUCAUCCCAACUCAAGACGUGAUUUAUCCUCCUUAUGCUGGAUCAGAUAGAUUACCUAUAUACGAAACCGAGGAGGGAGCUCAGCUUCGUGAUUUACUCGAUAAACUUUUUGAGAAAGACCCAACCAAACGUAUUACUCUAGCUCAGGUUAAGACACACCCAUGGAUUCUUCGUGGUAUUCACGAACCUAAUGAAUGGUUGAAGCAUACCGAUGUUCAUGCCUCACCAGCAGUCCAAGUUACUAAUGAAGAGGUUGCUUCCGCAUUAAAUUUCAAAGGUCGUCUCAAACGCGGUUGGAGGCACAUCGCUAAUGCGUUUAACGCUGCGACUGGUGCAACGGGUAAACCACGUAGAGAUUCAAUCGCAUCCAGUUAUAAUUAUCAUUCGCAGUCAGAUUUAGACCCUACAUCCGAUGAUAACAAUCCAUACGCACCUACAUCUGCAAUACAUCAAUUAUAUAAAGAUCCUACACUACAAAAUCAACCAUCACAAAGUCGAAGAUUCUCAUUUUUAUCAACUAAUCCUCCUAAUAACAGAGUAGAGGAAGCUAGCAAUAAUGUUCCAGUUAUAGUUGCACCUCAACCUAGACUUGCAAGAGCAGCCUCAACGUCAUCACAAUCAUCCAGAAGUCAGCAAAACCCAUCAGAUCCAUCAUCUCGCAGACAAUCAAUACAUUAUUUGUCAUCAUCUAGUGUUCUCCAAUCACCGAAUAUGUCAAUGUCAAAUGAACUAGUUAGCUCACCGACAUUUUCACCACAACAGAGCGUUCAAAGGAAACCAAGUCCCGUACCACCAGUACCCAUGCUUAGAGGGAACUCUGACACAUGCACUCUAAGUAGUACUGAUUAUGAACAUGACACGUCCACUGUCAGUCGUAGUUCAGCAGCAUCACCAGCUAGUGCCAAGAAAGGUAGCAUUCGAGGAUUUUUGAAAGGACUAACGUUGGGUAAUCGAAAAUCCUCAGUUUCAUCCACAAAUUCAAGAUUGGGUGCUAGUGAUUCACCUGAACAAAGAGAGUUCAGGAAAGUUUCUGCAUCCUCAUUAUCACCAUCAUCAAAUCAAGUCCAUAGACCUGCAGCAUUAGCAGCACCACCAGUCCAGCCACCAUAUGAUGAUGAUGUGGAUAUAGAUGUUCAAUUAUCUGGUCAUUCUGAUAGUAGUGACGAUGAAUUAGAUGACGAUAAUGGUGGUACAUUAUCACAUUCACAGUCUUCUAAUUUACGUUCAUCAAUAAUAGCAAUAGAUGAUCAAUCAGAUGAUGAUAGCGAUGAUCCAAGUGAAUUAAGUCAACCCACACAUUAUUGGACGAAUAAAGGAGAUGGUUGGAAGCAUGUGGACAUGACGCCAACACCCAAUAUUUCGAAUGUACAAUCAACUUCAGAUUCAACACCACAAUCAUCAAGUAUUGGUGGAAAUGAAUCAAUGACAGAUACAGCCUCACUUGCGACUUUUAAGUUGCAAAAAGAUACAUCGCAACAAUCACAUCAAGUUAUCAAAACUUAUGAUGAAGUUGAAGAGUCAUCUAGUAGUGAAGACGAUGAACCAGAUACAUUAGAGAUCACACCACGUAGAUCGCGUACAUCAUCAUUUGCAAUAACAUCACGUUCACCUUCAAUGUCAUUGAGUCCAUCAAAGGUGAACCAAUCUGCUAAAUUGGCGCCACCCCCACCAGUAUCAAACGAGUCAAUAGAUAAACCAAGAAAUCAACUAUAGACACACGUUCUUUAAACAUUUAACUUUUAUUUAAAAAUACUUUCAUUUGAAGCCAAAACAAUCAUACCCAACUCAAACAAACAAUAUUAGCAUUCAAUCAUUAUUUUGCAUCUGGAUCAUCACAUCAAUCCCUUUUUAUUAAAUAACAACUGAACACUUUAAACUU